AUGAAGCUGGUGCUGUUUGCCGCCCUGGUUGCCGCGUGCGCCGCCGCGCCGUCCCGCUCCUACGCCGCCCCCGAGCAGCGCUCCCUCCAGCCGGCCACAGCCCGCAUCCUGGAGGAGUCCAGCGAGCGCAUCGGACAGGACGGCUUCGCCUUCCGCUUCCUCUCCGAGAACAACAUCCUGCGGCAGGAGGAGAGCAGGGACGGCACCGUGUUCGGCAGCUACAGCUACACGUCGCCGGAGGGCGUCGAGGUCAGCGUGCGCUACGUGGCCGACGCGCUGGGCUUCCGCGCCGAGAGCGACGCGCUGCCGACGCCGGUGCCGACCGAGUACCCGACGCCAGAGGUGCCCGUCACUGAGGCUGAGGUCAGGGCUGUCCAGAGCUACACUGCUCCCAAGGCUGAGGUCAGGGCCGUGGAGGUCUACACUACCCCCGAGACUGAGGUCAGGGCUGAGGUCAGGGCUGACGGAAGCUAUUCUGCCCCCGAAAAGGAUGUCGAGGCCGUACGGCGCUUUACUGCUCAAGAGUUUGAUGUCAGGACAGAGGAGAGCUACACUGCUCCCGAGGUCGAGUUCAGGGCUGAGCAGAGCUUCACUGCUCCCGAGGCUGAGGUCAGGGCCGUGGAGGGCUUCUCUGCCCCCGAGGCUGAGGUCAGGGCUGUCCAGGUCUACACUGCUCCCGAGGCUGAGGUCAGGGUCGUGGAGGCCUACACUGCCCCCGAGGCUGAGGUCAGAGCUGAAGGGGUCUAUUCUGCCCCCGAGGCCGAGGUCAGAGCCGAAGAAGUUGAGGUCAGGACUGAACAGAGCUACACCACUGCCUCCGAGACUGAGCUCAGGGUUCCGCCGGUCCGGUUCGAGCGUGUCAUCGUGGGCUACAGGCCUCGCUACCAGGGAUAG